UAUCCGCCAUCGAGGCCAGCUCGCUACUGCUGCGAACGAACUUCCUGCAUGCGGCCGUGGGUCCGACGGGAUCCGAGCGCUGCGCGUCCGCCGCUCUCGUCCGCGGCCGCUCGUCCUCUCGCCGCGGAUGGUGCGUAUUAAAAUCAUCUGGAGAGGCCGAGGCCGACAUUUUACCCCGGUCCGGAGGAGCCGUAACUCCGCGGGGACAUCCGAGGACACGCGAUAAGGCUGCGACAUGUGAGACGCGCUCGGCCCUCGGCCCUCGACCAGCUCCUCAUGCGCGUGCGCUCCGCGUGGAACCCAAGCACCUUCUCCUGCUGGUUUCACACCUGAAGCCGCGUCUGCAGCGAGGCGUCGCCGGGACCUGACCCCACCCGCCUCGGGCAUGCCUCAGCCGGGUAUGAAUGGGAUGGAGCCUGCGUUUGGCGAGGCCUACGGGGGGCACAGGGCUCUGCUGAGCCCCUACCCGCUGGCCCUGUCACCACAGGGGGGCCGGACCGAGUACGACCAGAGUGUGCUCCUCAUGUUGGGCUCCCCAGCAUCGCCAAGGAAACGGCCCUUUGAGUUGCUAAGCGACCUGGUGGACGACGGUGGCUUCGGCGAGGACCUGCACCCCGAGCGCUGGGACGUGUCUGCGCUGGAUGAGAUGGCUCGCUACACCAAGCUGGGCCUCGGGGUGGGAGGGGAGCUGCUGGCCUGCUCCGAGGAGGAGGUCCUGAUGGGCCGCUGGGGGAGGAGCUGGGAGGAGGAGGAGGAGAGGAGGAGGAACCGACAUGCAGCGCCUCCCGUCACACAGGAAGUCCAGGCCGCUGCUGCAGGAGGGGAGGAGGGGCGCGUCUCUGCUGCCCCGAAAACAGAGCGGGAGCUGUGCGUCGCAGGAGGAGGUCGGGAUGGGGGGCUGUCAGGGGAGCGUACGGUGGAGGUGUAUCAGGUGGCGCAGGAGGAAGAGGAAGUGGAGGCGGCAGGUUUGGCUUUGGAGCAUUGCAGCGAGGAGCACAACUACUCCCUCAGCAAGAGUGGAGAGCUGGGAGCCAAUCACAGCUCCCACACAGAGGAGGCGAGGGUCGGGGAGGCGGAGCGGGAGGUGCAGGUUAGAGAGGAGAGCCAGGCUGAGACCGAGCUAGAGCUGGAGGAUGACGAGCAGGAGGAAGACGAGGAGGAUGAUGACGAUGAGGAGGAGGAGGAGGAGACGGCAGUGGAAGCUGAACUUUCCAGCACGUCUGAAACGGAGUGUGAGGUGGAGGCGGAGCCGGCGAGGCAGCCGGGCGAGCGUCCCUCCAAGCGCCGCUGCUUCUGGGAGUACAGGCGGAGCCGGGACUCGGCCACCAAGAAGAAGCUGGGCGGAGACGUGCACUGGUCGCUGUCCUGGAGCUCCAGCACGCUGCCCAGCACGCUGUACCGGCGCGAGGGCAAAAAAGGGCGCCGCAAAGCGCGCAAGACGGACGCCAGCGACCUGACGCCCAACCCCCAGAAGCUCCACAGCAUCGGGGAGCAGCUGCAGAAGCUCAACGCUGCCAUCGACGGCAUGGGUCCGGUCAACGACCUGCCCGCCGUGGCCCGGGCCCGCUCCCGCAAGGAGAAGAACAAGCUGGCGUCCAGGGCGUGUCGGCUGAAGAAGAAGGCGCAGCACGAAGCCAACAAGAUCAAGCUGUGGGGGCUCAACCAGGAGUACGAAAACCUGCUGGGGGCGCUGCUGCGCAUAAAGGAGGUCAUCAGACGGAGGGUGGAGAGCAGCGAGGACGAGGACGCGGACGAGCGAGGGAUGACCCGGCGGCUGGAGGACAUCCUCCGAGAGUCCAGCGGUCCCUUAGUUGCUGGACGGACCAAAGACUUUGUGCAGAGGAUUUUGGCGGCCAGCGGGGGUCCGAACCAGCGCAAAGAUGCCCAUCAGGGAGAGGAGGCUGCGGGGUAACGCCCCCCCCCCACCACCACCAAACCGCUCUUCACCGCCUCCACACUCGCAGCAUAACCGUGGGAGCAGAAGGCUGAGGCCGUGGACGAGGAAGACGAGGAGGAGGAGGAGGAGGAGGAGCAGCCUGAACAGGAUGGGAGUCACUCUGCUCCUCGGCUCCAAACAGCAGCCGACUUCACGGCUCUGCCUCUGCAGGCUGCACCACCACCACCACCACCACCAGGCCGGAGCUGCUGCUGACGUCUCUGUACUCUGUGUUCUGUGCGUGUGUGUGUGUGUGACAUGUACUCUACUGCGUGAGCGUGUACAGUGUUCCCCUCUCCCUCUGUGUGGUAUUUGUAUCCCACUGUGCCUAUGAAUAGACAUUGCACUGUUUGUAGAUGGUUGUAGUUGUCGGCAGGGGAGCGGUAGUGAGCCGAGGGCGCGGGGGCAUCUGAGGAUAGAGGAAGCGCUAAAGUAAGGAAGGGGGAGGAGCCCAGGCCUGAAAAACAAAGUGUGUGUCUGUGUGUGUCUGUGUGCGACUGUGUUCUUUUCGGCUGGGCUCCUGUGGAAGCGCUGCAUUCCAUUCAGAUUGCAUCGGUUUGAGACGUCAGAGAGUGUGACAGCGAGCGAUGGAGUCCUGAUGGCAGAGCAGCUGUUAAUGGGAACAAUAGUUCUGUUGUGGAAAAAGUCCUAGGAGCUUUAACGACCCCCUCCCUCGUCAUUACGCAAGCAAAGUCACCAACUGCACCUUGAACCCGAACUACCAAAGAAACCUGCUGAAGCGCCCGCAAACGGCCCCCGACGUACGCGGUCGUCGUACGCGGUCGUCGUACGCGGUCGUCGUACGCGGUCGUACGCGGUCGUCGUCGUCGUCGUACGCGGUCUCCGUCGUGCGCGGUCGUCGUACGCGGUCGUACGCGGUCGUCGUACGCGGUCGUACGCGGUCGUCGUACGCGGUCGUACGCGGUCGUCGUCGUACGCGGUCGUCGUCGUACGCGGUCGUCGUCGUACGCGGUCUCCGUCGUGCGCGGUCGUCGUACGCGGUCUCCGUCGUGCGUGGCCUCCGUCGUGCGUGGCCUCCGUGCGCGGCCGUCGUCCUGUUUACCCGCGCACGUCCGUGACGGGUGCCGCUGCUGAAUGCACUGUAAUCCCUCCGUCUGAUGCACUACCACCGUGGACGCGGCGCCUGGUGCUCCGUUCUUCUCUGCAGUGGCUUCAGUUCAGUGUCCUCGAUGCCCCGAGCCCUCGCCUCAGCCCCUGACCUCAUUAUGUAGCGCACCUUCCUGAAUUGCAAUGACAAAUAGAGACAACACUUGUAGAUCUAGACAGCAAAUAAGUUACGUUUGUUUCUAUUGUUAGGAUGAUUCUUUUAUUUGUUGAUGCCACAACCCACACAGUGGGAGUCAGUGUUGAGCGUUCUGAUAUCUGCCUUUCUGUGUGGUCUUUGCUGAAGCUGUAGACCAACCUGUCCAAGGUCUCUAAAUGUUUGGACGCACAAACACGUCGACCCUUUGAAUUGCACUGUGGUAGAAGCAGCCGAGCCGUACUGGUUGAGGGACUGAGUGGUGGCCUCCAGCGUGGUGCUACUGUGUGAGGCGCUGACUGCUGACUGGGUUUGACCUGCGGGCGUCGUGUGUGCAGAGCGACGCCUUUCUGAAGUGCCUGGAGCUUAAAGCCACAGGGACCGGAGCUUCAACCCUGUCACGAGGUCGCACGCGGCGCGGCCGCCGAGCGCAGGAGGAACGCGGCGGGCGAAGCGGUACGUGACCGCCGUGGGCUCGUUUCUGGGCCGUCCUCCUUGUUUUUCAACCUUGACUAACUGGGCUGCCGUCCAAAGCUGCUGAUCUAUGACACACUGUUCCCUCCUAUGGAAACUCCAUUUCCUGUCCCAUGGUUUAACAUGCUCAGCUCCCGGAGGUCUGACUCCAGGUCAGCGCUGCUGACCGUUCAGGUGGAAGCAGAGCAGCAGGGCCGGCGCUGCUCUCGUCUCUUCUUCCUCCUUUGAAGUGCUCCGUGAUCCGUCUCCGCGAGGUCACUGCGUCCAGGACUGAGUCCCAGGAAGCGUCGGCUACAGAAGUGACCCAGACGUCGUGUUAAAGCUGCAGCACUCGUAUUCAUGUGGAGACGUGAACUAGGCCCCAAACGUUUGUCCAGACUCUGCUUACACACAAAGUUCAUGUUUCUGCUGCUUUUAGCGCGUUAGUGUUUAGUGUUUUAACCUGGUUCAGCUUCUGGGUUUGGUUGUGGACAGAAGCGAUGUGGAACCUCUGCUUCGGUUUCAGGUGGAGCCUGUUCAGUAGAUUCUCGCUCCCGUGACGGUCGUGGCCUCGCUGGCAUCGGCGCCUCUGUUGUUCUGUAGAGGCCAAAGCCUGAAGAGAAGCUGUUAGAAAGUACUUGUCUGCACAGGAAGCUGACGCGAGGAGGAGGACGCACUCAGCUGUUGACCUCACGGACGUGGGGUCGAACGUGGAGCUGCGACUGGGGCUCCUCCCUCGUGCUCCGAUGAGAAGCCGUCUCUUGGUGGUUGCUUUGCGUUUUCGAUGUGCUUCCACCACGGUUGGGAGGUUUGAGGUUUAACAGCUGCCUGCGUUGCCCAGGGCCGUUUCCCUCCGUUUUGUGUCAGCGUUGCUCUGGAUAAUGUGAGAUUUCUGAAUUCUGAGUCGGUCUGCAGGAGAAACCCGAAAGGAAGCUGUCAGAGCCGUGAUCUGGUUUCUCUGGUUUGGACCCGGCUGGAGACGCCGUCGGCCGAUAGAGACAUCAGUAGGUCUAGUGUUGGGACGCGGCCGCCCUCCAGGUGCUCGUCCCUGCUCUGCUCCGGCGCUCAUUGCCUCUGCCUGUGGGCCGGGGGGCACUUGACGGGGUCUCGGGUCACCCCACCCCCUUUGUUGCCCCCCUCCCCUCGUCUGCCGUGCUGCUGACCUGGAAACGUCCAAGUGGGGUUCGAGGCCAGCGCCGCCUGUGGCUCCGCGUCGUCUCCGCGUUCAGGCCUCCAAGCUGAGCAUCUGUUUUUAUCACACACUGUUUCCUGGCCAUGUUUCAAAAACCCGGAAUUGCAUUCUUUUGAGGAGAGAUGACGUCCCACACAAUGUUCUGCCAAAGUUAAGACAGCGUGGUGCUUCCACGCUCAAACAAGUCUGAUAAUUGGUUUGAUUUGGUGAUCGAUCAAAACGCAGCAACGUUUUUUGGGUUGUCGCGUCAAACCUGAUGAAUCCACUGGCGUCCAACCCAAAAAGUCCGACUUAUGUUGUCGUUUUUACUUUAACAGCUGCUUUUCAUGAUAAAUGUUUGAAACAUUAGACAAAUACUUGAGAUUAGCAUCGACACUUAGCACUUUAUUAGAUGAGGCAUCAUGAUUUCAAGGUUUAAAGUUGCUUUCGUGACCUGAGUUAGACGACGCCGGUGAGUUUGGCCUAAGACUGGAUGGACAGAAAUCCAGCGACCGGCACACGUUUGGCUUCGUUUCAUGGAUGAAUCAGCUUCAUCGGGUUCCUUUUACAUUAUAAAACCAGUUGAAAGUUUAAGGGAACAUUCUUUUGCAGGCACAGCUUCCUUCCUUUUAACAGCGGUGUCCAGAAACAUAAAAGUCCCAUCCAUCAGCACGUGCUGCGUGUUUACAGUCCAGUCGUGUAACAUGUCAUUAUAAUAAAGUGUCUGUCUGCGGGAACAGUGGGUGGUUGCAGGAUGAAGGACCUCUGGAUUUUUGAAAUAUCACCACAGAUUUGAAACCCAGAUGUUGAUCCCUGUGCAGAAAUGUAAUAAGACGUUUGAGAUGCAGCUGAACUGGAUCUCGUGGCUUUAACCAAAACGAGUCAGUUGUUCCUGUUGAUCCGAUGGUGAGUGUGGGACGGAACACGAGGUCUUAUCAGAACUGGAUGGGGCGGCGGCUGGUUCCUUCAGUGUGUGUGACACAAACAUUCCUCAAUGCCAUGUCAUAUACUGUACAGCGACCCUGCCUUUUCUGUUUGUCUUUCAGUAAUCACCGACUACAUUAAUACCUGGACCUAUUAACACGUUAAGUACAAUUCCUUUGUCAGUCGUAACCUUAAAAUAGUUUAAAAUGAUACAAAAAAGUGCCGUACAAAUAGAAGCCUAAUAUUUUUGUUUUGGUUCUGUGUGAGUGUACUGUACACCUGUAUAAUGUAUAUUUUAAUAUUUAUAAGCAGCUGUUGUAUUAAAGUAUAUUUUUAAAAUAAAAA